GACAAGGAUAGAGUGCGCGCUGUGUGUACGCGUCUAACCUAGAAAGAGAACGAAUCGUGAGUGUACAUAGAGAACAGAGACAGGACUAAAACCGAGAACUCCGCGAAAGUUCGUGGGUGAAACGUGCUAUCGAGACGAAUUCGAGACAUCUAUCUCUCUCUCUUUCUGUCUUACUUCUUCUUGCUCUAUCAUUCGUAUUAUCGGCUGACGAAUGUAAGACAAGGACAGUGUUAACCGGCCGAGGAGAACACGUAGGAAAAGAACAUCGACUCUACUUUUGUUUUGUGAUCGGUGCUUUCGAGUACGCGAGUGGUGCGCCAACAAGGGAAAACCUCGACGUCUCAAGAGAGAGAAACAUACGCACAAGCAUCCAGGAGACAAAAACGCGUGGAAAAGGAGACGGAAAUACGAUUACCCGCUUUACGACCAGGAGAGAGACAGCCACAUCGGAACUGAAUAUGUCCGCCAAGCGAAAGGCCACUGCCAUCAUGCAGCACCACAAGGAAAAUAUCUCGACUCCCGAGCCGGCAGACAUGUCUGAGGACGAUCAUUACACGAGCGCGCUCAUGAAAGACGCGGAUAAGCUGAAGCUGAUGCUGCUCGCGUGGAAUUAUAAUCUUCAACAUCAGGCUCAGGCUCAGGCUCAGGCCCAGGACCAGGUACAGGCGCAGGCCGCGAACGCGGCCCUCUCGCCAAAUAACUCCUCGACAACCACCGCCACCACCGUUGGCACACCUGUCACCAGCCAAACGGCCAUAUCCACGGCAAACAACACCAUUAACAACUCCACACUUACAGACUCGCGAAACGGCUCGUCGGACAUGGUGGACAUGCCUACGGGCACGGUACCGAAUCUGGGCACGGUGGCGGGCGUCGGUGGCGAGGACAUGGCGUCGUUGUGGGCGUCGUACACGAUGGGACUGAAGAAGACGCCGCCGCCCGGUUCGUCCGGUACUCCGUCGCGAUCGGAUCGCGAUCGCGAGUCCAGUCCGCCGGGGGGCGAGGGGACGGGCAGCGCUCACGACGAGACCAGCAGCAGCGGGAAUAAAGAGGACGAGGACGACGACGACGAGGAUGCCGACGAGAGGCUGGACCCCAGACAUCAUGACCCGGAGCGUCUGAAGGCUUUCAACAUGUUCGUCAGACUGUUCGUCGACGAGAAUCUCGACCGAAUCGUGCCGAUCUCGAAGCAGCCGAAGGAAAAGAUACAGGCGAUCAUCGACAGCUGCACCAGACAGUUCCCGGAGUUCGCGGAGAGGGCCAGGAAGAGGAUCAGAACGUACCUGAAGAGCUGUCGGAGGAACAAACGGGGAAGGGAGGGAGCGCCAUGGGACGCGGCGAGGCCCACUCCGGCACACUUGACCUCCGUGCAGGCCGAGCAAAUUUUGGCAACCGCCUGCGAAAAUGAGAGCGACAACGCGAAACGCAUGAGAGUCGGUCUGGAGCCCGUGUCACAGCCUAUGCCAACUCUUCCGGCCGCAACGCAAACGGACGUCCGGUCAAGUUUGGAGCAUUUCUCGAGUACACCGGUGAAAUCACUUCCGGGCAAGAGGGAGGACACUCCGCCGACAUCGUUAACGUCCCUGGCGCCGUUAACCAGCUUGGCGAACUUGCCGAGCAGCACCCUCUCGUCCACACCUCUGUCACUCGCACCGGCGUCGAAGCUGCUCAACCCGGCGGAUAACAAGGGUCUCAUGAGCCAGGCGACGAUAGUCAGCUCGUCGGCCGUAAACGGUGUUGCCAGCGGCGGUGCACCCACGGCGAUGUACAGACCGAACUUCAGCCAGGCGUUUCAACGUGCCGGGCCGACGACGGUGCCGCCCACCCUCUCCGCGGGACUGUACCCGACGCAGAGCUUCACGUCCGGGCUUUUGAGCAACGGUACACAAAGACCGACGGAUCUCAGCAUGAAGAACACGAAGCCGCUGCUCAGUCACAAGCUGAAUGCAACGGAAAUGACCGCGGUCAGGCAAUUGAUCACCGGCUACCGAGAAUCCGCGGCGUUCCUCCUGAGGUCCGCCGACGAGCUCGAGCAGCUGUUGCUCCAGCAACCAUAGAGCUACAUUUACGUGGCUAGUGGCCAGCAGCUUGGUUCGUAAAGUUCAGCUGGUGCCGAACGGAGCAAAAACGUGGUGGGCGCCGUUUAAGAGCUGUCCCACACACACAAAACCGAUCAUCGAAAGCCGGCAACCCCCGGGAGAGAUAUUUGAACGGUCGGUACAACGGCGGAGCAAAGGACACGCACUUACCCGGCGUCGCUGUUACUGACGGUCGAUAACGAGUCUUUCUCUAUUAUCCUACACUUUGGAAAACGCAUUUCCGUGACCUUAUCGACCGGUAGGAAGCGGCGAACGCUGCCCAUCCCCCGCCCGAUGAAAUUUAGCCCGUAACAGAGACGGAAUUCGGAAACUUACUAUACCCCCGCAAGAGAACCAACACGUCCAAAGUUCUGUUACCUGUUCACGGGUGAUUAAUGAAUCCACCGAAUCUAGGAUUUCGA